AUGGCUGGCGAUCCCGAGCAGCCUGAGACGGAGAUCACGCAGCCUACACAGCCUGCCCAUGCCGCCCCCGCGCAGGAUCCCGACUACCUCGCCACGCUGAUUCCGGUGAUCUACAGUGAGUCCCGUCCGCCCGACCCGCUGGAGCCCUGCAAGCUGCGAGAUAAUCCGCAGCAGAAAGUGCUGAUUGGGCGGGCGAGAAAAUGCGACAUCGUGGUGAAAGAUGAACGCUGUUCACGACAGCAUUUGCAAGUCUCCCGGGACGGAGACCUAGCGCUCUUCGUGGUGAAGCAGCUGGGGGCCAAUGGCUCCUGGGUGAACGACAACAGGUUGCAUGAGGGAGAAACACGCGCCCUUUGUCACGGGGAUCAGAUCUCGUUGGUGAACCCGCCGCACUCCUCUGCAGAAGGAGAUGAGAACAAGGCCUUUGCUGUCUUCGUCUUUCGGGAAACCUCGCCGCAGGAGAUGAUGGCACCAGCUUUGAAGCGCCGCAGGAUCUGCCCGGAGGGUUUCGACCCCGGGGCCACGGUUCCAGGUGGGCCGGGUAGAUGUCAGGCCAAAGAGCCUGCGAGCAUCAAUGACGAAAACCUCGUGUCAGAGGAAGAAGUUCGCAGCAGAUGGGAUUUGCGGACUCUUCUGGGCAAAGGAAGCUUCAGCGAAGUGAGGUUGGGGAUUCGAGUCGCUGGCGGCCAGCGGCAAGCCGUAAAGGUUGUGAACCGCAGCGGCUUCGAGUCGUUCCAGUCCAGCAGAAGGAGCCGGCUCAACCUGGUCAGUGAAGCAAAGCUUCUGCUGAGCUUGGACCAUCCAGGCGUUGUCAAAUGCAGCGAAUGGUUUCAAACCACGACGAGCCUUUACGUGGUAAUGGAUCUCGUGGAAGGGGGUGACCUGCUCAAGAACAUCAUCAACAAUGGCGAGUUCUGCGAGGAUCAUGCUCGACGGCUGUUUCGUGAUAUCUCCGAGGCCGUUGCAUAUCUCCACAGCCGUGAUGUUGUACACAGGGAUUUGAAGCCCGACAACGUCCUCCUCACGAACGAAGACAGGUGCCGGUGCGAACCGAAGCUGGCAGACCUUGGCCUGGCACAGCUCAACGCGAGAUCCACCGAUUCGCGGACUUUCUGUGGGACGCCGCACUACUUUGCUCCUGAGGUGAUCAGGCAAUGGCAAAGUUCGGCGUCCGCUGUUGACGACACUCCCGGAUAUGGGAAGAAGGUGGAUAUUUGGAGUCUCGGGGUGCUCCUUUAUGUCGUCUUGAGCGGCUCUCCUCCCUUUGAAGACGAGGGCCUCUACGAGCAGAUCCUGCAGGGCCGCUACGAAUUUGAUGCAGAGGAAUGGGGCAGCAUCUCCGCCGAGGCAAAGAACCUCGUGGGCUCGCUGAUGACGGUAGACUGCAAGAGCAGGCUCCGUGACAGCUUCAUCCUUCCUUGGCGGAUCAGUGGCGACAGGGGCCUGAGCAGUUGUAAGGAAUUGCGCAUGGACUUGGCCGGCCGGCGACAAGAUGCUUCAGAGCCGAGUUGUGACGCGGUGGCAUUGAUCAGGAAAGGUUGCGAGCGCAUUCGUGGCACUUGCGACCACUGCAGCUGCAAAGGCCCGGAGGCCAACGUCCGCCUCCUGGUCGAGUCGUUCGGCUCCAUCAACCCAAAGCUCAUCAGAACACACAGCGACGAAAGUGACCGUGGCCUCCCACUAUGCACCGGCCUGCAGAUCUGCAAUGGUCGGGAUGCCUCCGAUUGCUCAGCAGCCAACAACGGCGACUGUGGCCAGAAAUACUGCUGCAGCAAGGGUCACCCAUGCUACCAAUGUGCUGGCGAUGGAUAUGAUUGCAAGAACAGCGGGGCCUGCAAGAACCCGAACGGUCAUGGGAUCUGA